AUGGCAAAGAAAACCACCCGCAAAGAAUUUGAGUCUGUUUUUCCUCAGCUCGAGGAAGACCUCCUAGCUUGGGCGAGGCAAUAUAACCUCCCUCAGGAGCAGCAGGAUUGGUACAAGAAGAUGCUCCGAGAAAAUGUUGUUGGCGGAAAAUGCAACCGUGGAAUGUCAGUUCCUGACUCGGUGUCUAUCCUUCUCGGCAAGGAACUAUCCGAGGAGCAGUAUUUCCAAGCCGCCACGCUAGGCUGGCUGAUUGAGCUUCUUCAAGCCAUGUUCCUCGUCUCUGACGAUAUCAUGGACAGUAGCAUCACCCGGCGUGGCAAGCCUUGUUGGUACCGCCAGGAGGGUGUUGGUAUGGUUGCUAUUAACGAUGCUUUCCUUCUUGAAUCUGCCAUCUACACUCUGCUCAAGAAGCACUUCAAGACUCACCCCGCCUACGUUGACAUGUUAGAGCUCUUCCACGAGGUAACGCUGCAGACCGAACUCGGUCAGCUGUGCGAUCUUCUCACCGCCCCGGAGGACAAUGUAAAUCUCGACAACUUCAGCUUAGAGAAGUACACCUUCAUCGUCAUCUAUAAGACCGCCUACUAUAGCUUCUACCUCCCCGUUGCUCUGGCGCUGCACAUGCUCAACAUCGCCACCCCCAAGAACCUAAAGCAAGCCCACGACAUCCUCAUCCCCAUGGGCGAAUACUUCCAGAUCCAGGACGACUACCUGGACAACUUCGGCCUGCCGGAGCACAUCGGCAAGAUCGGCACCGAUAUCCAAGACAACAAGUGCUCCUGGCUCGUCAACCAGGCCCUGAAGCUGGCGACCCCCGAGCAGCGCAAGACGCUCGAGGAGCACUACGGCCGCAAGGAUCAGGCCCACGAGGCCGAGGUCAAGAAGCUCUACAACGAGAUGGGGCUCGAGAAGCUGUACCAGGACUACGAGGAGAAGCGCGUCGGCGAGCUCAAGGGACUGAUCGGCCACCUAGACGAGACCGAGGGUCUGAAGAAGGGCGUCUUCGAGGAGUUCUUGAACAAGAUCUACAAGCGAAGCAAGUAA